UGUUUUGAGUGAUAGUAAAAUAUUUUUUCUUAAAAAACCUUCCAUGGAUUCAAAAUAAAUGUCACAUGAGCUCAGUAGAUGUAGACUGGACCUGGUAUAUAGUGAUCUGUGGUAGAUAUAAUAAUUCGAGGUGAUACAUGUUAUUGGUGACUAAUGUUUGUCUUUACUUUCUUGACGAAAUUGAAAGAUCGAAGAUUUCGUCAGUGGCCAGUGCCCAGUGCCCUGGUGCCCACGGUACCCACUGCCCACUGCCCAGUAGGGUGUUGGGACAUACAUAACCUACUAAUCUAUGGUAGUGACCAGUACCAGUAGGCACUUUUGGCAGUACCUAGGUACCAGUCAAGUAUUGUUUACAUUUGAUUAACAGCUCACAUUUUACUAGUUCUCGAUAGAAUCAUGUCGGGGAAAAAGUGCAAUCACUGUGGGUCUUCAGAGAUUGAGGUAGACCCCGCGAGAGGCGAUGCUGUGUGCACUAACUGCGGUUCAGUGUUGGAAGACAAUAUUAUAGUUGCUGAGAUAGAGUUCCAGGAAAACUCACAUGGUGGAGCGUCUGCGAUCGGCCAGUUCGUUUCUGCUGAGACUAAAGGAGGCGCUUCGGGUUUUGGAAGAGCUUUCCAUGCUGGCAUUGGCCAAGAAUCUCGUGAAGUGACACUAAGAAAAGCUAGAGAUGGCAUCACAUCACUGUGCCAGCAGUUGCGUCUGAACCAGCAAUGCAUUGACAUUGCGUGUAAUUUCUUCAAGAUGGCUCUCGCAAGGCACCUGACAAUUGGUCGACAUGCCUCUCUAACGCAAGCUGCAUGUGUUUACAUGACCUGCAGGACUGAGGGCACUGCCCAUCUCCUAAUAGAUGUUAGUGAUGCCAUACAGAUGUGCUGCUACCAACUAGGACGCACAUACUUCAAGCUGUCUCGGGCACUCUGCAUCAACAUACCACCAACUGAUCCCUGUCUCUACAUACUUCGUUUCGCGUCACAGUUAAAGUUCGAUGACAAACAGCACGAGGUCAGCAUGACCGCCUUGCGACUCGUUCAGAGAAUGAAAAGGGACUCCAUACACUCUGGCCGACGACCCUCAGGCAUAUGUGGUGCUGCGCUUCUAAUAGCAGCACGUCUUCACGAAUUCUCGCGUACACCGUCAGACGUAGUGCGAAUAGUCAAAAUACACGAGACGACAUUGCGAAAACGUCUGUUCGAGUUCGGUGAAACCCCCUCCAGUGCUCUGACCCUGGACGAGUUCAUGACCGUGGACUUGGAGGAGGAGCAGGACCCGCCCGCGUUCAAGGCAGCUAGGAAGAGGGAUAAAGAUCGCUUACAGAAGUUAAUGGAGGAGGAGGAUGGAGAAAAAGAAAUGACUGAACUGCAGAAAGAAAUAGACGCUCAGUUAGAAAAGGACUGUAGUAAAAAGAGAAGAAAGAAUUCCGCCACGCCUACUCCAGUUGCUGUUCCAGAUGAAGUCUCACAGGCUGAAGCAGAGGAUGCUUCUAGAUUCGCGGCGCAAGACACGCUGAGUUUGAUCGGAGAAAUGGCGAGAGACGUUCAACCCAAAAGCGUCGCUACCACGAGUAAUGAAACUACCAAACUGGAGAAAGGACUUGGGCCAGAACUAGCAGUAAUAGGACUGGGGCAGCAAGACGACAAAAAUGAAAAGUUCCUCAAACCCGACGUCAAACAACAGUUCAGCAAAGACUUGCACAACGCUGAGGACUUGUUCCUCAGUUCUGCCGACGAGGAUUAUAUAGACUCCCUCAUUAUGAGCGAGGAGGAAGCGCGCAACAAGACCAAAAUGUGGCAUAACAUUAAUGCGGACUAUUUGAAGGGCCAAAAAAUCAAAGAGGAACUGCGUGCUCGGGAGAAAGAGGAGGGAAAAGACAAAAAGAGGAAAAUACGCGGCUCGUACAAGAAGAAGGUUGCGUUGAACGCGUCCACGGCUGGAGAGGCGAUAGGCAAGAUGCUGGCGGAGAAGAAAAUGAGUGCCAAGAUCAACUACGAUAUUCUGAAGAGUUUAGAUCAGCCUGGGACGCCGUUAAGAGCCCCUUCCACGCCCGCUACGCCUGUCCAACCUGUUCUGACUGAGGCUGAACCAAAAGUAACCAUACCAGUGGAAACCCCAGUGCCAGCAUCCCCAGUACCAAGAAAGAAGAAGAAGAAGCCGACCCUAUUAGUCACUACGGUGCCCGCUAGCCCCGCGCCCGUGACCUCCCACCCGCCCACGCCCACGACCCCCCACCCGCCGACGCCCAAGAACCUCCACCCGCCCACAACUCCCAUCCCGCCUGCGCCCACCACACCGGCGCCGCCCACACCUUCGCAGAUACAAGAUGCUGCAGAAGAUUACGACGAGGAUUUGGAAGCGGAUGUGCCUGAAGUAAGCGGCGAGCUGUCUCUCGCCGCCAUGCUGCAAAACGGAGCGGAGGACGAUUAUUACGAUUAUGAGGAGUACUAGCGAAUACCAUGUUUAAUUACAUGUGGCAUAGAUGGCAUGUCGAUCAAAUAUUCUCGUAUAGUACAUACAUUUUGAGAACUCACUCGCCUAUUUGCUCUAUACAGGGUGCAACUGGACCGCUCGCAAAAACGAAGACAGGUGAUAGUACUCAUGAUUACUGAUAAGAUACCAUUAGAAACCUGCGAAAAAUACCUGUAUUGUUUAAAAGUUCACAAUAUAUUGCAACUUAAACAUACUAUGUUGCAACUAUAAGCUAGAGGAUAUCAUAAAAACACCUACGAAUCAUAAAAAAAUACUGGUUUUUUACAUGUAUUUUUUGAAAGUUGAUGUCAACGAACGUUC